AUGCAAUAUGGUACACAGUAUGCAGAUGGCAUAGUCACCACGUUGCGCAAUGAAGACAUCGGAACGCUCCGAGAAAUUUUGAGCCAACCGGUCGAGCCGAUCGAGACAGUUGGUAUAGCUCCCACAUUUGAGCAGAUCGAAACUUUUUCCUUCCAUCUACCUCAAGCUUCAUUCGUUCAUCUGUUAGAUUUGUUCGUAUCAGUUUGCUCUGUAUCUGAUCAAUUUUUCAUUUGUACUGUUGAACAGAUGAGGACCCUUGCUGAUCUUAUAGAUUACAUUCCACUUCCUUUGAAGGUACGGUACACAUUCUGCAUUUCUCCCAUAAAUGUUGAAAGUAAGCUAACCGCAGCAGCAUUCGUCAAAAUGGUACGAAGGUUCUCCUCAGGGCAGUGUUUGACCUAUGACUGGAUGAUGGACAUGUUGAAUUGGGAAUCUAUCGGACCUCCCGAAAAUCUGCAACAGCUGGAGCAUCUUGAAAAGGUUUAUGAAGUGCUGGACACGUAUUUAUGGCUGUCACUGCGAUUCCCGGAUAUGCUGCCUGAUGAGCAACCAAUCCGCGAAGUCUGCAAACAGCUGGAUGCAAUGCUACAAGAAUCUGUAGACAAUAUUUUGGAAAUAUUGGAGAACUCCGCAAUGGGGGAUGCUCGUAAGGGCUCCUUGUUGAAAAAAAUGCGAGAACGAGCACAAACACAACGAGAAAAGGAAGAGUUUGAAGCACAACAAAAGAAAGAGUUAAAAAUGCCAGAGAAACGGAAAGGGAUGAAAAAGUAAGG